AUGGAGCAGAUUAGUUUUAUCGCUUUUAUGAUCUCUCUCUGUUUUUUCUCUGCGGAUGGCACAUACUGGGACUCGGUUUAUCACUAUCAGCAAAGGCCAAGACCUGAUCCUGCAUCUAUUAUACAAGCCAACAAUGAGAUUGUAGUACAACGUGGAUGUUCAGUGAUGGUGGACCCCUUGAACCACCUUGUUACAAGGCUUCAGCCUAGGGAUCGCUGCUAUUUCACAGUCCUGGACCAUGAACCACUAGCAAAGAGAUACGGGACACUCUCCCCUAAGAAAUUCCCAUGUUCCUUCAGGAAAGGAGAAGUGGAAUAUUUGCAUUUUGGCUCUCAGAGCGGUGGAACGGACUGUGUCAGGCUCCAGCUGAGGUACGACACUCAAACGGACACUGUUGUUCUCCCUCUCACCUUGCGAGUCCUUGUGAUCCCAAAUGAACAAAAGCUGGUGACGCUAAAUCAACCCUUAGUAGUGGAUAAACGGAAUGGCUAUAGUAAUCUGAUUAAUUCUCAAGCGCUUGAAAUCAGUCAAGGUGCCUCAAAAUGCAUGCUUACACCCCUUAUAGGGACAGGUGGAUACCCGAGGUAUGGCUCACUUCUGAAUUACUUUCCUAGCUCACAACCAGUUGAUUGUAAUGCUUUCCUAAACCUUGGCGUGCGCUAUAAACUCAACUCUAUUACAGGGUCACCGAAAAUAGAUUAUGUACCUUUCAGGGUGGAAAAGCUUGACAGACAGGACAGGAAGCUACGGCAAGAGCACUUUCAGCUCAAAGUGGUCAUUGAUGGUACAACAAUAAACAGCGCCCCAAAGCCAAGCUUCAUCUCACUGAUGAUGAUGGAAGUUAGUCAGUUUGUAAUGACCGCCAUUACCAAUGAUAUGCUAGCAGCCGAGGACCUAGAUUCUGACCCAGAUGCUCUGAUUUUCAAUGUGGUCUCUCCUCCGGAACAAGGUAUUAUUAUUAGUACAGACAAUCCGAGCCAGCCUGUUAGCUCUUUUUACCAGAGGGACCUAAGGGAUCUUAAAAUUGCUUUCAAGCCUCCAGCAGAGGACUCAGAUUCAGAGAGAAUUCUCCAUGCUGAGUUUGUGCUUGUUGAUCAAGAAGGUUCCACUUCAGAACACUUCUCUUUUAUGAUUGUGGUGAAGCCCAUGAAUACACUAGCUCCACUUGUGACAUUGAAUGCUGGUCAGCUUCUGUUUGAGGGCCAAUCCAGACCACUAUCAAGCAGACUGAACCUGCGCAUUAGCGAUGAAGACAACCUUGCAGAUGUCAGGAUAUCUGUCGCGCAUGGUUUGCGAUAUGGAAGACUCACGGUUCUUGGUUCACAGCGGAAAUUUUUCACUCCAGAUGAUUUAGAUACUGGCGUGGUUGUGUAUGAGCAUGACGGUAGUGAGACUUGCAGUGACAACAUUGUUUUCCGCAUGACAGAUGGGAAGAAUGAAGUUGAGUUCUUGUUCCCAGUGACUAUAGUCCCACAAGAUGAUGAGCCUCCAGUGGUUAAUGUUAACACUGGGCUGGUUGUUGUAAAAGGAGAGGUGAAACAGAUUUUACCAGUGGUUCUGAGUGCAACAGAUGUGGACUCUGAAGACAAACACCUGAAAUUCACCUUAGUUCCUCCGUACUCCUCACUGGGGCAAGUACUUCUAAGACAAACUCAAAGUCCUGCAGACAUUUCUUCUUGGAGAUUCAGUGAAACUGACCGUGUGUUUGAGAGAGCGACAGUUGAGUGGUACCUCAGUGACAUUGUAGAGGGAAAGCUCUUUUAUCGACACAUUGGACCAGCCCUGACAUCCACAAUUACAGACCAGUUUACCUUCCGAGUGCAAGAUGACAACGAACCCCCAAACCAAUCAGGAGAGCAUAUCUUCUACAUCAAGGUCAAUCCCAUUGAUGAUCUGGCUCCAGAGCUGUUUCCAGGAACCACCUUAAAAGUCACUGUUCGGGAAUACGAAACAACUAUCCUCAACAAGAACAUGCUGCACUUCACUGACCUCGUGUCUGUUGACAAGGACCUCCGAUAUAUUAUCAUCUUUCCUACUAUAAACCAAGACUUAAAUAAUCCUACAUUACUAGGUCACUUUGUUUUGACAGACAGCCCAAAUACCAUAAUUACAGAAUUUACACAAGCACAAAUAAACUAUGGCAAAGUGUCUUAUAAGCCACCCAAUCAGGAAAUUGGACUUAUACCAAGAGAGAUACAAUUCACCUUUACAGUUAAAGAUGCUGCUGGAAACUUGGCCAAUGGCCACUUCACCAUCUUGCUCCAGCCUGUGAACAAUAAACCCCCACAAAUCACAAACACUGGGUUUACUGUGGUGAGUAAGAGCAACUAUAUCAUUACCAAAGAUGUACUUGAUGUUACAGACCAGGAUACAGUUUCUGAGAAUAUUACAUUUACAGUGACUCAGCUACCAAACAGUGGAGUGCUUAAAUGCUUGGGAAAUGUUCUCACAGUUGGGAAAAUCUUUAAGAUCGGAGAUUUAGAGAGAGGUCUGCUUGUUUAUGUGCACAAUGGAGGUGGUGAAUCGCUACAUGAUAACUUUAAGGUGGAUGUUAGCGAUGGCUUCCACAAUGUACCUAUCACUGUUAAAGUCAACAUAAGUCCUGUCAACGCUGUUAUCCCAGUGGUCACUCUACAUCCAGGAACAUUAGACAUAACCAUGGAGGUACCUGAGAAUGGCAAAGCUAAAAUUAAAUAUAACAGAACUGAAGACAACAGGCAAAACACUGAUGGUGUUACUCUCACAGUGGAACCCAUCCCAAGAUUUGGGGUGAUCCAGGUAAAUGGGAUACUGUCAAGCAUAUUUACACUCAAAAACUUGAUAAAUGGUACAGUAACCUAUGUACAUACUGCUGGGGAGGUGGGACCAGCCAUGAAGCAGGACUCUUUUAGUCUUAACAUCUCUGGAAAGUGGAUUGUGAAUGGCAGCAUAAUUCAAAAGGUCACGGUUCAUGUUUCAGUCCUUCCGGUGGACAACAGUCCUCCAGUCAUCCAUGUCGGGGAGCAGUUCACUGUGGAAGAAGGAGGUAAAAAUAUCAUUCGAGUGGACAAUAUACAAGCUAGGGACCUGGAUACGAUAGUUGAUGAGAUACUGUGCACUAUCCUGGUACAACCAUCUUUUGGCUUCAUUGAAAAUGUGUCUCCUGCCCCUGGUUAUGAGAAGUCAAGAUCUGGUAUUGCAGUUACUGCAUUCAGUAUUAAAAAUGUUCAACUUGGACAUAUUUACUAUAUUCAGAGUGUUCACAGAGGAACCGAGCCAGUUGAGGAUAGGUUUACCUUUCAGUGCACAGAUGGGAUUAACUUGUCUGACCGACACAUUUUCCCAAUUGUUAUUAUCCCAACAAAUGAUGAAGAACCUGUCAUAUUCUCCAGGGAGUUUGUGGUAAUGGAGGGUAUGAGUUUGGCAAUUGACAUUCCCAUUCUUAAUGUGCAAGACCUUGACGUUCCAAAAAAUAGCCUGCAAUUUGAGAUCAUUACCAGUCCAAAGCAUGGGAGGAUUGUCCAGCAUCUACCAACUAGAACAGAGGUGAUUGUUAACUUCACGCUGGAACAAAUCCAGACAGUUUCAACAAUCAUGUAUGAGCAUGAUGGCUCGGAGACAACGAACGACACUUUCACUGUUCGACUCACUGAUGGGAAAUAUGUAGUUGAAAAGCAAAUCGUGGUUUUAAUUCUUCCUGUGGAUGACGAGACCCCAAGGUUAUCUGUGAACAAUGGACUGGAGGUUGAGAUUGGAGAGACUAAAAUAAUUACAAACAGAUCUCUCAAGGCUACAGACCUCGACUCACUGGACUCAAAUCUCACUUUUAUCAUUAGACAAGGUCCAGCUCAGGGCCUCUUGCAGCACCUCGGCAAAUCCCAGAACACAGUUUUCAAUUUGACCAUUGGAAUGAACUUCACACAGGAUGAUGUUGAUAAAGCACUCAUUCAGUAUGUUCACACAGGGCAAGGAGGCAUUCGAGACCUCAUAAAAUUUGAUGUCACUGAUGGCAUUAACCCACUAGUGGACAGAUACUUCUACAUCACUGUCAGCGCAAUGGAUAAGGCGUACCCAGUGGUGAUUAACAAAGGUGUGGCACUACCAGAAGGAGGGUCCGUGAUCCUGACAACAGAUAUCCUCAGUACAUCAGACAUCAACAGUCCUGACGAACGCCUGCGCUUCACCAUUACACGCCCUCCAUCCCGAGGACGUCUUGAGUGCACAGACUACCCUGGUGUUCUUAUCUCUUCCUUCACCCAACUCCAGCUAGCUGGGAGUAAGAUCUGCUACGUUCACACCUCUCUAGAGGAAGCGCGUUUGGAUAGCUUUGAAUUCCAGGUCACAGAUGGUUGGAACGUGGUGUUCCGAACGUUCCGUGUAUCGAUCACAGACAUGGAUAAUAAGUUACCUGUUCUGAGCAUUCAUACACUUAUCUUGGGGCAAGGAAAAGAACGAUUGAUCACACCUUUUGAGCUCAGUGUGGAGGAUCAGGACACGGCCGAUCACCUUCUGCAUUUCAUUAUCACACAAGGCCCUGUACAUGGUAAAAUACUCUACAACAGCACACGCUUUGUUACUACCUUCACCAAAGAGGACCUCUGUAAGAACCUCAUUACGUACAAGCAUGAUGGAACAAACCAUGGUGAUGACUCUAUCAUGUUCACAGUCACUGAUGGAACCAACUCAGGGUUUUAUGUGUUCCCUAAAACUGAACGUGAAACCAUACAGCCUCAGGUUCUGAAGAUCCAGGUCCUUUUUGAGGAUCAAGGGACUCCAAGACUUGUAGUUAACCGUCCAGCUUUGUCUCUUACUGUGCUGAAUACCGGACAGCUCGGCUUCAGGUUCACCAGUAAAGUGCUCAAAACUGUUGAAAGGAGGCAAGGGAAGGACGUUCAGAGUGUGGAUCUAAUAUACAGGUUGACAGAACCUCUGAAAUAUGGCUUCAUCAGACACACUGAGCUGAAUAACACCAGUACAUUCACUCAAGGUGAUAUCAAUGAUAUGAAGAUCUAUUACAUCCUUCUUGAUGGAGUCAAUGUCACCACUGACGGUUUCUCCUUUACUGUGGAGGACAAGGAGGGAAAACGUCUGCGUCCACAGCCAUUCCUGCUCCACUGGUGCUGGGUGUCCAUUGAGAAGAAGGUUUACCGUGUGGAAGAGGAGAGGCAGCUGCUGGAGGUCACUCUGAAGCGCAGAGGAUACCUGGGAGAAACCUCAUUUGUUACGAUCAGUACAGUAGAUGGCACUGCUGUACUCGGUCAGGAUUUCCAUGGCAACGCCCAGCGUCAGGUCCAGUUUAACCCAGGCCAGACCCGGGCCAGUUGGAGGCUGCGUAUCCUGGAUGACCAGUUGUAUGAAUCAUCAGAGAGUUUCCAGAUUGUUCUCUCUGAGCCUGUUCUGACUUUACUGGAGCAGCCGAGUGCCGCAACUGUAGAGAUCAUCGACCCACAAGACGAGUGUGCAGUAUUUUUCUCUCAGUCUGAGCUGAAGGUGGAGGAGGAUGUGGGAGAGCUGCUGAUUCCAGUUCAACGCCGAGGAGACGUCAGCCAGGAGCUCAUGGUUACCUGCUACACCCAGCAAGGCAGCGCGAGAGGCACCAGCCUAGGCUCUGUCCUCUCCUUCUCCGAUUAUAUCUCUCGCCCUAAGGGCCGCUUCAGCGUCCUGACGUUCCACAGAGGAGAGAGAGAGAAACUGUGUCGCGUCCUCAUCAUCGAUGACUCACUGUAUGAAGGCCAGGAGAGUUUUAACGUCACGCUGGACCAGCCUAUGGGCGGACGAGUGAGGGGAGAGCAUCAGAGCGUCCGCAUCAUCAUUCUGCCUCACGCUGAUGAUGAGCCGUCUGUGUCCUUCAGUGAAGGUGUGUAUGCAGUGGAGGAGAGUGCAGGUUCAGUGGAGGUUCAGGUCUGCAGGAGUGGAUCUGAUCUCUCUCAGCCAGCUUCAGUCACUCUGACGUCAGCCUCAACACAGCCUCCAUCUGCUCUGGCUGGCGUGGACUAUGUGGCUGUCGGUCGCAGUGUUGACUUUGUGCCUGGCAUAUCCAUGGUAAAAGUGAAGGUCUUCAUCCUGGAUGACGCUGGCAGUCCUGUGCUGGAAGGGGCGGAGCAGUUUCAGCUGGUUUUAAGUAUGCCCAUGAAUGCCACUCUGGGACAACCAGUCAGAGCCACCGUCACCAUUGGUGACUCUCAGAGUGACGGCCCGUCUCUGCAGUUUGCCCUCUCGGAGUACAGGGUGGAUGAGUCAGAUGGUCGUGUUGUUGCCAUGGUGAUCAGAUCUGGCGACCUCACCCAAAGGUCACAGGUCAGGUGUUACACACGCCAAAUCUCCGCCCAGGCCAUGAUGGACUAUGAGGAGAGACCCGACACCGACCUGUCAAUCAUUACCUUUCAGCCAGGCGAGCGAGAGCAGAGAUGUGAGGUCACUCUAGUGGACGACUCGGAGUACGAGGAAGAGGAGGAGUUCCGUCUGGUUCUUGGGAUCCCCAGUAGCCAAUCAGCAGUGGAGAUUUCACUGGGGAAACAGAAGGAGACCAUAGUGAAGAUUUCGGAUCUCAGAGACAAGCCUGUUAUCCGGUUCUCCGAGACACGCUUCACCGUGAAAGAACCGAAGAGCCCUGGGGAGAUGGGGACUGUGCACAUUUCAGUACAGCGUCUGGGAGACUCUUCCCGAACCUCCACUGUGAGAGUUCACACUCGGGACGGAUCCGCCACGGCUGGAGACGACUACACUCCGGUCUCUGUGGAGCUGCAGUUUUCUGAGGGUCAGACGCUGCAUGUCGUAGAGGUGUACGUGCUGUAUGACACAGAGAGGGAAACCAGAGAGACUUUCACUGUUCACCUCCGGCCCGACGACAACAUGGUGGCUGAUGUACAGAACACUAAAGUGAUGGUGUAUAUAGAUGAGGGUGGUCCUGUGGGGGGUCUGACGUUUCCCGCUCCUCCUGAGAUCAUGAGUCUCCUGGAGUUUGAGACUGACCCUAAUCCACACACAGUCCAUAUACACGCGGACCACCGACCACACCCACCUGCUGGAUACCCGCUCGUCUGUCUGACUGCAUGUGACCGGCGUCACUCUCAGUUCUCAGCUCUGGAGGCCAUAUGUGUGUCCGAGGGGCUUAACAGCUCUGUUUCUGAGUUCCGCUGGUUUGUGGGCGGGGCUGAGGCAGAUGUGGGGCGGAGUCUGAAGGAGCUGGAGCAAGGUGUGUUCAUGGCUCCGGUGCGGGACAGGCUGCUGGACGCAGUGUAUUUCGGCUCUGGGUGGAGGGUGCAGUGUGCUGUGAGAGCUGUGGGUCUGAGUGGUCAGAGAGGACUGGAGCAAUACAGCACCGUAAUACACAUCAGCACAGAGGACGGCAUGUGUCAGUCACACACUCCCGGCGUGGUGGGCGCGGAACCUUUUUCUGCUAAAAUCCGCUACACUGGCUCUGAGGACCCCUCACACCUUCACCUCAUCUCCCUCACCGUCAGCAUGCCUCACACAGAUGGCCUCCUGCCGCUGAUCUCCACACGGCCGCUCUCCUGGUCAGUAGCUCUGAGCGCUGACCCGUCCCGAGUGGGGAUCCACCGCUGCUCUAAUCUGCUCCAGCGCUCGGAGGUCACCACCCGCUACGGGUUUAUCUCCAACAACUCCACACGCGCACCCUCUCACGCACACAGCAGCGGCCUGUGGAGCCCCAGCACACACCGGUUCUAUAGCAACCUGGACCUGGAGGCCUGCAUGUGGACAUUCCACGCUUAUUACGACAUGUCGGAGCUGCUCAGUGAUUGCGGAGGCUCCAUCACCACAGACAGAGAGGUGGAGCACGCACAUCUGGUGCAGUCGUUUGUUUCUCUGCGGCUGCCGCUCUUCGUAUCCUACCUGUUCAGUGGCCCGUCUGGCUGGAUGACCUUUGAUCUUCACACUGAGAUGAAGCUGACUUUUGUCUAUGACACGUCCAUCCUGUGGCACCAAGGCAUCACCAGCCCCCCCGACACCGAGCUACGGGGCUCUCUGUACCCCACUAGUAUGAGAAUAAAUGAAGAAGGCCGUCUGGUGGUCACUUUCAGAACAGAAGCUGGUUUCCGGGGACUGUUUAUUCUGUCGCACCCAGGUUCCUCUGUGCAGUCGGUGGUAAAGUGUGUGGAUCACCCUGUGCUGUCCUUCUCUCUGUCUCUGCUCAGCACUGACUCCACCUUCAACCAGCCCACGCAGACAUGGAGCUUCACCUCUCAGCACUCAGUGCGCGAUUAUUCAGGCUCUUACAGUGUGAGUAUGGUCCCCUGCGUGGCUCCGCCCACUGUGGCCUACACCAACCCACCUGUCUGUCAUCCCCAACAACCAAUCACCUUCAGCCUGGAUGUCCGUUUCCAGCAGGUGAGCGACGCAGUGCCGGCUGAGUUCACCCUGAACACUCGGCUGUAUCUGAUGGCUAAGAAGGAGCUGUGGCUGUCUGAUGGCUCCAUGGGCUUCGGAGAAGGAGCUGACGUUGUCUUCUCAGAGGGUUCUCAGAUAUUCAGCCGUGUGAUGGUGGACCCAGUGCUGAACCUCGGCUCCUCCUUCCUGUGCCGGGUUCAGAAGGUGUUCCUGUGUGCAGGCGCGGAUGGAUAUGUGCCUAAAUACCAGCCGGAUAAGGGAGAGUUGGGCUGCCUGGCCGACUCCGCCGCCCUUACAUACAGAUUUAAAAUACUGGAUAAGUCUUCUCCACACACUCAGGACCUGGUGUUUGGUGGUGUGCCGUUUGCUGCUCAGUUGGCUGAAGACACUCCAGGGGCGGAGCCUCUUGUUAAACAGGCCGGCUCAGAUGGCUUCAGCCUAUCAUCUGCCCCUCUUUUCCAGGCGGCUGCUGGUCGGCAGUGGUACAUCCAUGUAGUUUACACUGUCCGCUCAAGCAAGAGGAACGACCGUCACACCAGGAGUCUUAACUCUAAGGACCAGUAUCACCACAGUGUAGCACCGUCCACCUUUAACAAUACUCAGCUCAGGACCGGCUCUCUCAGACGCAGAGCAGCCGACGAGACCAAAGACGAGCUGAUAGGGCAACAGAGCGGCCGUGGCACCAACCUCCAGCCCAUCAGCCUUCAGAGGGCUCCAAGUGCUCUGCAGGUCCCCAGUAGAGAGGAAGCAGGUCUGGAUCGGCCAGCAGGCGGAGCCUCUCUGGGGGAUUCAGAGGAAACUGUAUCAUCGUUCCAGAUGGCUGCGUUCGCUGUAGCUGUUGUGGUUUGUCUGAUUGGAGUUACAGCGUUUGUGUGGAUCUCCAGACGGCGCAGGACAGAAACCACAAAGAAACACACACACGCAGUUCAAACACGCCACACACACUCUUACGGACCCCACACACACUCUGGAAGCUGGGAGAGGCGGAGAGACACUGAGGAUUCUGGGAACUCUGAAGUUUGACAGCUACUCUGCAUUAGCAUGGAUCUGUCUGAGUUGCUAUGCUAAAUAUGUGGUGAUUUGGAGCCAAAGACACUGAAUGACCGAUUCACUUAAAGGAAUAGCUGGACAAAUCAUGCUAACACAGCUAACAACGAUGGGAAGCUGGUAGUAACACCAGUUAGCAUAAUGUCAUUGAUAUAAUGGUCAUUGCUGGUUGCACGACUGCAUUCACUUUUAGCAACAUUAGCAUUUUUGAUUGAACGAUUCCUGUAAUAAUAAUAAUAAUAAUAAUAAUAAUAAUCAUCAUCAUCAUAAUCAUAAGCUUUAAAUAGCACCUUUCCCUUUCCUGCCACUUUAUGAUGUAAUGAACAGUCAUUGAGUGGUAGAUACAUUACAGGCCAGAAAAGGAGGCCUUCAUGUAAUAUAGUGGCUGCUGCGAAGGUGAAAGUUAGACAGUAUUUGAUAAAUUAAAGGGGAUUUCAUUAACCAUAGAGAAAUAAACUGACUCAGAUCAUAGUAACCAGAGGACACCAUGUCUACAACACACAUUUAUAGUCACUUUAUUUA